CGGGAGGCCCCUCGGCGGGGCAUGAGGGCUUUGGAGGAGGAGGAGGAGGAGGCGGGUGGAGCGAGUCUGCAGGCGGCGGCUGGUGGCGCCCCCGCGGAGUGCUGGUGGCCCACCUGGCGGAGCACCGGCGGGGGGUCACCCGGCUGGCGGUGGGGGCGGGGGGCUGCUUCCUGGCCUCGGCCUCGCAUGACGAGACUGUCAAGGUCUGGGACCUCCGGCGGCUGGAGCGCGACGUCUCCUUCCACAGCCGCCUCACCUACGCCGCCCAGUCCGGCAGGAUCACCGCGCUCUGCUGCUGCGGCGGUCCGGCGGACACACCCUCCGGGGGGACUGCUGCUGCCUCCUCCUCCUCCUCGGCUGCCGCCCCCUGGAGCAGCGGCACCACGGUGUGCUCCGGCAGCAGCUCGGGCUCGCUGCACCUGUGGCGCCCCGAGUACACCACCCGGCAGGGCGGCGUGCCGGACAAAUACACGGGUGUGGUUGCCGUGCGGCAGCUCUCCCCGGGUCAGGGCGCGGUGCUGCAUGUGUGCGGCUGGGGCCCGCACCUGCUGCUGCACGUCACGCAGCGCGGCGGGGUGGGCGCCUGGGACACGCGCACGCAGCGGGAGGGCUGGGUGCUGCCCUGCUGCCCCACUCGGGGGCUGCUGGAGCACCUGGUGGCGGACCCGGGGGCGGGGGGCGCCUGGCUGAUGACAGGCAGCAGUCGAGGCUACCUGAGUCUGUGGGACGUGCGCUUCCUGCAGUGCGUGCACGCCUGGCAGCACCCGCUGCGCUGCCCCAUCGACGCCAUGGCGCCAGCUACCGGGCCGCCUGCACGGGUGCUGCUGGCGGGGGCGGGCGGAG